AUGACUGCUGCCGACCAUUACUUCACGAGGAAUAGGAAUCCUCUGUUGAUGCGAGAUGAGGUUGGUCACGCUAAGCCGACAUACUACGACCUGCCGAGUGGAGGCUUCGUCUAUGGCAAGAGCCAGGGCGCCGAUCCCGAGGGAGCCAAAGAGGUGACCACGAAAUGGAAGAGCCAUACGCCCAAGCCUGUUGCCCAAGUGAACGUCUUGGAUUUCCGGUAUUUGAAUAAGUCAGCACUCGAUGACGGCAAAUGCCGGACUGCUACUGAGCAGAAAGUUUAUAGACAACAACAUCCCAAGUUCAUCGUUCAUAAGAGCGCCCAACAGAGGCUACAGGAGGAGGAGGCUCGUCGUGAGCACCCGCUGCCGGCAGAUUUCGUGUACGGUAAGAAGACACGACCGAGCACGCCGAUCUCGUACGUUAUCUCCAAUCAGUUCGGCCUG